AUGCGGAUUGUGGGAAGACCUUCAUUCGUAAAAAUCGACCUUCAGCGACAUCAUCUGUCACACACCGGCGAGAGACCCUAUGUCUGCGUUGAAUAUGGAAAGAAAAGAACUCUUCAGCACCAUCAGCGGCUUCACAGCGGAGACAAGAUAUUCAGCUGCAAGGAGUGUGGGAAGACCUUUGCCUACAAAUACAGAAUGAAGGGCCACCAGCAGAUUCACAAUGACAACAAACCCAAUUCUUGUAGCGACUGUGGAAAGAGGUUCAUAUGUAAAAAUGACCCCCUGCAGCAUCAGAGAAUCCACACCGGAGAGAAGCCACACAGUUGCCCCGUGUGUGGGAAAUGCUUCUGA